UCCAAGGGGAGGUGGGAGCCACUGCAUGCUGCCCUACAGGCAUUCGAAGACCCCCGCCCCCCCCGCCUCCCCAUCCUGCCCCCCACCCCCAACAGGCAGAGUGGCCACAUUCCUGGAUACACAUUCCUGGUCGAGGCCGCUGCCAGCCACCACCCUCCCUCCACCCAGCACAAGGACUGCUGCCCAGGCAGCCGCUUCCUGCAACAGUAGCCACAGGGGGAGGGGCUCAGAUGAGCCUGGGCCCAGCCAGGAGCCCCAGGCCCCCUUGCAGCAGGACCCUCUGGGCUCUGCCCCUCUGCACCUGCCCACCCAAGACCUGCAGACCUGAAUGCUCCCAGCAAGCGCGUCUGGGGGACGCACCCAUUGCUAGCAAUGCCCUUCCUUCUCCCCGCGCGGGGUGUGGGGGUUUCUCCAGUGUCCCCAGGUCUACACGGACAUUUCAUAACCGGGCAGACCCUGGUGGGGAACCUGGUGGCAGGGGUGGGGAGGGGCAUGAGGUGGUUUCUCCGGCACAGAGGAGCAGCACGAGCCAGGAAAGCAGGGAGGGCGCCAGGCAGAGGGCAGGGUUUGUGCCAGCCCUGGAGGGUGCAGCUGAUGCCAGGCGGGGGCAGGUGCAAGACAGCCAGGCUGUGCCCCCAGGGGACCCCGGGGUGUAAAUGUGAGUGGGGCUGAACUCCAGCCCCUCAGUGCCCCUCUGUGCACCCCCCUGCCCCGCAGGCCUGGCACAGAGGAGCCAAGUGCACAUGGGAGGGAGAGACAGACAGGGUGUGGCCAGGCGCUGAGGCCAGGGCAGCUGGGUUGACUUGGUCAUGCCAGAGGAAAAGGUUGGGGUCAUGGGUCCCAUCUGACCCUCCAGCCUCUGCUGAGGAGUAGAGAAGGGGAUGACGUAGCCCUAGAACCACCUAUAAGGGGGCUCCCACUUCCCCUGCAUCCCCCGGAGACAGCAAGAUGCUCCAGGCCCCUGCAGUGUGGCGGGAGAAGGCUGAGGGACGCAGGGCCCCUGCUCCAGCGGCCUCCAGGGGCUGGGAGGCGGGGAGGAGGGCGGGCCUGCGCGGGGGAGGGGCCGCCACUGCUAUAAAGGCCGGGCCUGCAGCCCCCGCUGCAGCCCGGGACGCACACGUGCGCGCGGCGCACCGCCACCGUGGGCGCCCCAGACCCGCGCCUCCCCGGCCCGGGCGCCCGCCCACGAGGCCCGGCGGCAUGCGCUGCGCGCAGAGGAGCUGACGGCGGCGGCCAGCCGAGUCCUUCGCCAUGCUGCGCUCGGCGCCGCCUGGCCGCUACCUGUACCCCGAGGUGAGCCCGCUGUCGGAGGACGAGGACCGGGGCAGUGAAAGCUCGGGCUCCGACGAGAAGCCCUGCCGCGUGCACGCGGCGCGCUGCGGCCUCCAGGGUGCCCGGAGACGGGCCGGGGGCCGUCGGGCAGGGGGCGCCCCGGGCCCUGGGGGCCGGCCGGGCCGGGAGCCCCGACAGAGGCACACAGCAAACGCACGGGAGCGGGACCGCACCAACAGCGUGAACACUGCCUUCACGGCGCUGCGGACGCUCAUACCCACCGAGCCGGCUGACCGCAAGCUCUCCAAGAUCGAGACGCUGCGCCUGGCCUCCAGCUACAUCUCGCACCUGGGCAACGUGCUACUGGUAGGCGAGGCCUGUGGCGACGGGCAGCCGUGCCACUCGGGGCCCGCCUUCUUCCACGCAGCACGUGCCGGCAGCCCCCCACCGCCCCCAGCCCGCGAUGGGGAGAAUGCCCAGCCCAAGCAGAUCUGCACCUUCUGCCUCAGCAAUCAGAGAAAGUUGAGCAAGGACCGGGACAGGAAGACGGCGAUUCGGAGCUAGAGGCUGAUGCCACUGGGCACCCACGGACGGCCCCCACGGACCUGACUCAGGCACAGGCCUCUGCGCAGGAGGGCGCCCUGGGCCCGUGCCACCCCCAGCUCCGAGUGGGGUCGAUGGACAGACAGGGCGGCAGGACUCUGAGCUGGCCACAGCACUUGCCCAGGCCCACUGGAACUUUCCAUGCUGGCUUCCUACCUGGGUUUUCUUCUGGUUACUAUGUGCUGGCAUCUCGUGUCUUUGACACGAUCAUAUAAAGUCUGGAAGUUUUGUACCAUUAAAAAAACCAAAACGGCAUCUUCCAAAGGUGGAAGCACAUGUCCGUGCAAAGGGUCCACAGCCCGUUCUGAGCCCAUCUCUGCCCCCGAGGGAUGGCUCUUUCCAAGUCCUGCCCUCCCCAGACUGGAUGCACCCCUGUCCUCAGGGAAGACCCCGCCUUCCCGGUCUCCAGGCAGAGUGAGAUGCCUUCUGCUGGGGAGCCCAAGGAGACCAGCAAAGGGGGAGGAGGGCAGGACUGAUGGACACAGACAGCCCCUGGGCCCCACUCUCAGGACCUGCACGGCUCCCAGGCAGCCCUGAACAGUGAGUCUGCCACUGCUCAGGGCUUCGUGCCAGACCCUGGGGCCUUGGCACUGCAGCCUGUGGCCGUGGAGCCCCAAGAAAUGGACUUGGGAAACCGAGCAAAGGGCGCUGCCUGGCAGAGGCCUGGAGGCAGCCACCUCCAUGCACCUGGGGGUGCACUCUGCCCAGCCCCGCAUGCGGCCCCUCAGCACUGCCCACACCGGGAGGACCCUGGCCACCUACCACUGUAUCCACCCAACUCCCCCAUCUGCUAAUGAGGAGGGCAAUCCAGGCCCCUCCCCGAGCUGUGCACAGCUGGCCCACCAUUAAAAUC